ACUAUUUAAUGUCGCGUUGUAAAUUUAAUUAAAGAAUAUUUAAUUCCAUAUAGCUAAUAAGAAAGUUUUAGCCUUAUUUUAUCAUCUUAUUACAGAUGAAAUUGCUAUAUUUUUAAGUGUAGUAUUUUACAAUUAACAAAUUUUUUUAAUUAAAUUUGAUAUCCUUUUUUAAAUUAAAAUGGUUAAUUAAUGUGUUUAAUUUAAUUUUAAAUAUUUAAAAUGGCAACAGAAGUUCCUAAAUAUGGCUGGAAAGUUAAUUUUAAUUUUAAAUGUCCUGAUCCAAGAACUGCAAGUUAUGUACCAAGAAUAAAGCAAAUUAUUAAUAUGUUGCCACUUAUUAUUAGAUACAUUGUUUAUAUGAUUAUAUGUUUUAUCAAAGGUAAAAAACCGAUUAUGGAUUUUUAUUCUCCAGUUCAAUCUAAACAUAUGUAUGGUGUACCACUUGGUGGUAUAGGCGGAGGAACAAUUGGUCGUGGUUUCAAAGGAGAAUUUUGUCGUUAUCAAGUUGUUCCAGGAAUGUAUGAAUAUGAAACUAUCCGUGCAAAUCAAUUUAUUGUUAAUGUUCAAAAUUCUGAAAAUAUCACCAUAUAUAAUAAUGUUUUGUCAUCAUUGAAAUGCAACAAUAAAACCUUGUAUAAUUGGAAGUGGGAAUUUCCAGAAAAUCGUGCUCAGUAUACAGGGCUCUAUCCUAGAUCAUGGACUGAAUACUUUAUACCAGAACUUGAUAUUAAAUUGAUCUGUAGACAAGUCUCUCCUAUCAUUCCGAAUAAUUAUAAAGACAGUUGUGUUCCUGGUGGAGUUUUUAUAUGGAAUGUGGAAAAUAAUAGCAUUUAUCAAUAUAAUAUUAGUAUAACAUUCACAUUUGCUAGUGGUAAUGGUGUUUCUUCAUAUAAUACAGAUGAAGCUAAUUGUGAACCAUUUAAUAUAAAUGAAGAUGGAAUGGAAGUUGCUGGUUCACUGAUUCAUAAUUUUUUUAGAAAUAUGAAAUGUACUUAUGUUAUUGGUGGUAUAGUUAAGCAUAAUGGAACUUUUAGUCAAGCAAAUUUUGAUCCUAAUAGUAAUGGAAUUUCUAUAUCAAAAAGUUUAAAGUUAUUUGGAGAACUUAAAGCUAUAGAGAUUGAUCACAAUAAUAUGUUUAUGAAAAAUAAAGAAGUUGCUAGUGCAAUUUGUAUUAAAAAAUGUGUAAAACCACACAUAUCUGAAGACUAUGAGUUUGGAUUAUUUAUAGAUAUGCCUAAAAUAAAAUUCCCAGCAUCAAAUAUUGAGUAUUUAAGGUAUUACACUAAGUUUUUUGGAUGUGAUAAUAAAACAGGUCCUAAAAUAUGUCAUUACUCUAUGAAAAAAUAUAAGUUUUGGGAAGAAGAAAUUGAAAAAUGGCAAAACCCUGUUCUCAAAAAUGUAUUAUUACCAGAUUGGUAUAAAAGUGCUAUAUUCAAUGAAUUGUAUUAUAUUGCUGAUGGAGGUUCUGUUUGGCUAUUACCUACUAAAGAAGAUUAUAAUCAUUUAGAUGUUUCUGAUCCAAGAUUUGAAUAUGGAUAUUUUGGAUACUUGGAAGGUCAUGAAUAUCGUAUGUACAAUACAUAUGAUGUUCAUUUUUAUGGUUCUUUUGCAUUAGCAACACUUUGGCCUAAGUUACAAUAUUGUAUUCAGUAUCAAAUUCGUGAUACAAUCAAUGAUACUUUGCAAAUUUCAAGAAAACAUUUAGUUAAUGGUGUUGUUGGUUUGCGAAAAUAUAAACAUAGUGUACCACAUGAUUUAGGAGAUCCUGAGGAAGAUCCAUUUAAUUUAAUCAAUGCUUACUUGGUUCAUGAUGUAUCUGAAUGGCGAGAUCUAAAUUUAAAAUUUGUGUUGCAGUGUUAUAGAGAUUACACUUUGUUUAAAGAUAAAAAAUAUUUAUAUGAUAUGUUUCCACAGAUUGAACAUGUUAUGGAGAGAUCAUUACUUUGGGAUACUGACAAUGAUGGCAUGAUUGAAAAUUCUGGAUCAGCAGAUCAAACUUAUGAUACUUGGAUUAUGACUGGUGUUAGUGCUUACUGUGGAAGUCUAUGGUUAGCAGCUCUUUAUAGUACAAUCCAAAUUGCUAAAAUAUUAGAAUAUGACAAUAUAAUUGCUAAAUAUUCAGAAGUAUUAUUAAAAGCCAAAACAUCAUUUAAUAAUAUUCUUUGGAACGGUGACUAUUAUGAUUUUGAUUCAUCAGGGCAAUACCACUCAAAAUCUAUCAUGGCUGAUCAAUUAUGUGGUCAGUGGUAUUUAAAAUGUUGUGAUGUUGAAGAAGAAGUUUUCCCAACUGAUCAAGUGUUAAAAGCACUUUCAACAAUAUAUAAAUUUAAUGUACAAGGGUUCAAUGGAGGUACAAUGGGAGCAGUUAAUGGUAUGAUGCCUAAUGGAAAUCCAGAUACAUAUACAAUUCAAAGUGAAGAAGUUUGGACUGGUGUUACUUAUGCUUUAUCUUCAUUAAUGAUCUCACAAGGAUUAAGAGAAGAAGGAUUUAAUACAGCUAAAGGAAUAUAUGAUACUGUAUAUAAUAGUAUCGGUAUGGCUUAUGAAACACCUGAAGCAUUUUAUUCACAAAAGGCAUAUCGUUCAGCUGGCUACAUGAGGCCACUCAGUAUAUGGUCAAUUCAACUAGCUUUAGAAAAUAUCAGUAAAAAAAUAAAAUCUUAAGUAUUAUUUUUUUAUUUAUUUGAAGCAUGUCUAAGCAUAAAAGUUAAAAAAUAAAGUAUAAAACAAAGAUAGUAA